CCGCGCUGUGCAUCUGAAUGAGUUGUGUGUGUUGUGUGUGUGUCUCAUACAACUUUGUUACGGCCGGAAAAAUCUUGAAAACUAGUUUAAGCAAAAGUAAAUGUUAAAGUGCGCAAAGUGCGCAAAUUCUUGAAAAGUAGCCCGAUCUAAAUAUGAACAAGGAGCAAGACUAUGCCUCGGACAGCGAUGAAAGCGAUGAAGAUUUUUGCCCACUAAACGGAAAUGAAGCCGACUCCGGCGAAGACGAUGAAGAGGAGGUAGAGGAAGAAGACGACAGCGAAAGCGAACCCGACGAAGACGAAGUCACUGUAAAAAAGAAGCAAAGCAAAACGGCUAAAGGCAAACGGAAAGACAAAGUAAAGGAGAAGCGGAAAGAGGCGGAAGAAGCCGAGAGCGAAACUUUGAAGCGCAGCACGCGUCAAACGGAACAACAAAAACAAAAUGGACGCUCAACUGUGGCCAGCAAGGACGAAUUGGAAUCGGACGAAGAAGCAGACAAAUCACGUUCCGAUGCGCUCUGGGCAGACUUCCUUGGCGAUGUGGGAGCCGGCACCAAAUCCGACUCAAAGCCAAAUGAGCCGGCCAAGCAGGUGGAGAGCGGAAAAGUGACUGAGAUUCUGGAUUUUGCCGGCGAAUCGGUGACCAUAACAAAAACCGUUGCCGGUUCCAGCACCACAUCCAGUUCCAGUGCCAAGGAGAACAAGCAACAGAAGUCAGCUGAGGCGCCACGUCCCUUUGGGGCGGCCAAGAGAACUUCCAAUGGAGGCGGCGGCGGCGGCGGUUUGGGUUCAUUACUCAAUCAGCUGGGCAAGAAGAAGAAAAUGUCUGUGCUGGAAAAAUCGCAAAUGGAUUGGAAAACAUUCAAAAGUGACGAGGGCAUCGACGAGGAUCUGCGCACCCACAACAAGGGCAAAGAUGGCUUCUUGGAGCGUCAGGAUUUCCUGCAACGCACCGAUUUGCGGCAAUUUGAGAUCGAGAAAAACAUGCGUCAAACGCGGCGUCAAAACUGAAAUGCAACUAAAACAAAAACAAAAAAAAACAUUCGCAUCCUCAGCUCAUCCUUCAACUUUCCAAUUCACAUUCACACAUUCGUCAACAUCGUUUAUUUAAGUUAGUGCAUAAAUCUUAAGUUAUAUAAUUUUAUAUAUUGCAUAAUGCUCUUCCAAGCACCAGCGAAUCAAUCAAAUACAUUCAUAUUAAAUAUUAUGUUGAUUUCAAUUGCCCGUAAUGUAAAA